CGACAAUUCUUGCCAAAAAAAUGCGCCAACUGCCAAGAAAGUGUGACAAUCUCUGUUAAAAAAAUGAGGGGUUCACUUUUGUGUAGAAUCCAGAACGUAAGAACCUAAUCUGGUUUAUUUCUUCAGAAAAAAGCCAGUGAGAAGAAAGCAGCCAUUGAAAAAGUCAAAAUUGAAUGAAAUAGAAAUACUAGAAAACAAGAAACAAAAAUGGUGCGUCUUUUAAGCGAAAAGGGAACUGAUGAGAUCGCGCGAUUGGUAGGGCCGCGGCGUGACAUUUAUUCAUCGGACCACGCCGUCUAUGAUGAUGAUUUUCGUAUCGCCGUCUAUGAAGACCGUCUUCAUACCCGCCGUCGUACCGACGCCGACACUUUCCAAGAAAGCACUUCCUUCACAUCGAAGACACUAAAAUUAAGGCUCAUCAAGAAUACAUUUUUACAAGUGAUUUUUUUUGCUGUUGGUUUCCUUAAUAUGGUUGGAUUGGAAGAAAUGCACGCAAGAAAUGAAUUCCUUUGCGCGCUAAUAAAAGAUCGCUUUAGAAACGACGAAAAACGAAGUACAGCACUGGGAGAUGACGUGACAGACCUGGAGUUGGAACUGGACUAUUUUCAGUUAAGGCUCUUACUAAUUCAGCGUCAACAGGCUCUGCUACGCAGUCAGCGGUCUACCUUUCGUAGGCGAGCGCGUCUUCUAGAAAACAUUGGAGAGAAAUAAGUGAACAGGGGAACGCCUAAACGACUAAGCCAACUGCGCAGUUAACUUAGUGGUUUAGGCGUUGGCCUGUUCACUUAUCAGAGAGAGAUAAGUUAACAGGGGAGCGCCUAAAUUACUGAACCUUAGCACCAACUGCCUCGAAGACACUUAACCUUAGGGUUUAGAGCCCCUUUUGUUUAGGCAGUUAACCACUGAGGCGUCUAAUGCAGCGUCAACAGGCUCUGCUACGCAGUCAGCGGUCUACCUUUCGUAGGCGAGCGCGUCUUCUAGAAAACAUUGGAGAGAAAUAAGUGAACAGGGGAACGCCUAAACUACUAAGCCAACUGCGCAGUUAACUUAGUGGUUUAGGCGUUGGCCUGUUCACUUAUCAGAGAGAGAUAAGUUAACAGGGGAGCGCCUAAAUUACUGAACCUUAGCACCAACUGCCUCGAAGACACUUAACCUUAGGGUUUAGAGCCCCUUUUGUUUAGGCAGUUAACCACUGAGGCGUCUAAUGCAGCGUCAACAGGCUCUGCUACGCAGUCAGCGGUCUACCUUUCGUAGGCGAGCGCGUCUUCUAGAAAACAUUGGAGAGAAAUAAGUGAACAGGGGAACGCCUAAACUACUAAGCCAACUGCGCAGUUAACUUAGUGGUUUAGGCGUUGGCCUGUUCACUUAUCAGAGAGAGAUAAGUUAACAGGGGAGCGCCUAAAUUACUGAACCUUAGCACCAACUGCCUCGAAGACACUUAACCUUAGGGUUUAGAGCCCCUUUUGUUUAGGCAGUUAACCACUGAGCCGUCUAAUGCAGCGUCAACAGGCUCUGCUACGCAGUCAGCGGUCUACCUUUCGUAGGCGAGCGCGUCUUCUAGAAAACAUUCUCAACACGAACGAACGAACCUCAGAGGAGCACCUGAAUGA